GUGUGACUUAUCCAAUCCAUGAGAAAUCAGGGGGUUUGUUGCCAGAAUUGUUUAGUUGCUGACUGGCUAACUGGAAUCGUUCAGGGCUUCGGUGUCGGGCUUUGCCGUAGCUUUGAUCUUGUGGAAUGUGUUUAUGCUGUGUUUGCUGGAGCCGGUGUGGUCUCUGAUGCUGGGAGAUGAAUUCUGAAUUGCCUUCCAGGCACGUCAAAUGCUGAACAUGCAAAUGUGACAGUUAAAAUCAUCACUAAAAGGAAAUGUAUGCCCUGGUCUUUCUGAUAAAUUCUCUGUGCAGAUCCUGUGUGACUAGUAAGACCAGAGGAUUAUCAGAGUGUUCAGGGGAUAUCUGUGGACUUCAUAGGUGAGCAGGUGUGCCAGUUAUACCAGUGCUAAUUACACCAAGGUGCUGCAGGCUCGUCAGAUCCUGUGUGCACAGCUCUGGCUUGGAUGCUUGCGUAGCUGUUCAUGGAGCAGGACCUGCUUUGCCCAGGUAAAUCCAGCCAGACUCUUGCAGUCUCCAAUGGAGUUGGGGAGUAAAGCAGCACUAAAAGAAGGCUCUGAAAACACUCCCCUGGGCACUUUUACCUCAGAAGCCUUAAGCCUUUUAUCCCCCCUGAAACAGCACUCUGAGCAUGGGUAUGAUUCAGACUGCAGAGGAAGUGGAUUGAUGCUGAAGUGCCUUAAUGUACUAGAGAAACCUCCUGUCCCCAUGCUGCUUCAUGCCUAAUGCGUCUGCUGGCAGGGUGAGGAACUGCUGUUUCUUGUCGCAGCCUUUAGAGCCAUCACGAACAGUUCUGGGGAGCCUCAAAUAUGUGUAGCCCCUGCCAGAGCCGCAGAGAGCUUCUGCGCCCCCAGGGGACCCUGCUGCAGGCCAGCAGGGAGACACCGCUGCCUGGCUCUCUGCUUGCUAGGGUGAAAGCCAUUCUGGUCCUAACACGGCAGGAUGCAUCCGAGGGCUCUCCCUGAUGCCUGCAAGGCAGUGACCACUCGGGCUUUGUUGUAGACCUGCUCCUCGUUCUCUGGGAGCUCCCUUCUAAAUAAUGGGAUUUCUAAAUAAAUCAGCACGGGAUGCGGUUCACUUUGUCACAACCCUCCUUAACCUUAGCGGCAACUCGUCCUGGUACUGAGUGCUUGCUUGCAACAGCGCUGUGGUGCUGAGGGUGGAACUUUUUUCAUUUUCAGCUUGAAUUAAGAGCAAGAUAAGUCGGUUAUGUCACGGGGGGGGAAAAUACUGCUGAAGUUUCUGUCUGUUUGGUUGUUCUUGGUUCAUGUUGGGGCUGUGAGCCCUGUGUUUGUGAGAAAUGCUUUUGUUAUUCCUUUGUGUUAAAAUUUAAGACCAAAUAUGUUUUGUUCUUAGUGUUUGGCCACCACGGGUGAUGGUGGCAAUAAAUUGUUUAGCUUGCUGUCCCGAGCUGCCCCCUGCAUGGCACGGGGAGGGAGCGCAGCAGCAUCUGUGGGGCAGCCAGCUGUCUGCUCCGUUCUUGCCACAUCUGGUGUAUUAUAUUUCUGGCUGUUUCUGUUCCCAGGCUGCUGAUGCCAUGUACUGAGCUAAAUGUAGGCCAAGGCUAUUUCUUGAACUCACUUGUCCUGGCUGCUGGGAGCUCUCUAAGCACUGGGGUGCAGAGCGUCACCAGCCGUGACAGUUGCGCUCUCCUGCAGGGUGCUGUUUAGCACCAUCCCCGUUCUCUGCAAUCUUUGGGGUGCAAGAUCUAGUUCCCAGGUGCUGUGCGGGGAUGCGUUUGCCCUCUGCCCCUGCAGAGCUGGCUGUGAAAUGGGAUCGUGGCUGAAACCUCAUCUUGGCGGAUGCCUGGAGCCUGGCGCCUGGCCCGGUACCAGCAGCUGGGCUGCCGGUGCGGAGGGGAGGGAAGAGAAACACCCCCGUGUCAUCCCCCUGCAAAACUGGACCCGUCUGGCUCAGAUGGUGAUCCCAUUUGCUAUAUGUGACUGCUGCUCUCCAUGCAGGGGAGAUCUUGGGCCUUUCCUUACAGAGCAUCCCAGACAGGGGUGGCAGGACCAUGUUCUGGCUCUGUCUUUUUGUGCUGCGUGUCCCCGCGUCGCGUUGCGUGUAGCAUAUUUAUACCAGCCUUUGUCUCACCCGUUUGUUUGUACUGAGUGUUUCGAGUAUAAAAUAAAGCUGCUCUGCUCCACUCCUGCGAAGCGGCUCGCUACCGGGGCGGGGGGGGGCCGGGGCCGGGCCCCACCGAGGCCGCAUGCCCGGGCCCGCCGGCCCCAUUGGUCCCCGCAGUCACAUGCCGGGCGGCGGCGGGGCCGCCCGCUCCCUCCCUCCGAGCCUCCCUCCGCCGGGCUGAGCGCAGGGAACGGCCGCGAUCGCAGCAUGAGCACCCUCAAGGUCUACAGCACCUCGGUGACCGGAUCCCGGGAGAUCAAAUCCCAACAGAGCGAAGUAACCAGAAUCCUCGAUGGGAAAAACAUCAAGUAUGAGCUGGUGGAUAUCUCCCAGGACAACGCUCUCCGGGAGGAGAUGAGGGCGAAGGCAGGCAACCCCAAAGCCAUCCCGCCCCAGAUCGUCAACGGAGACCACUACUGUGGGGAUUACGAGCUUUUUGUGGAAGCCGUGGAGCAAAACACCCUGCAGGAGUUCCUGAAGCUGGCCUGAGCCCCAGGCUCCCCUCCCGUCCUGGACUCUACCUGCAUUCCUGAGCACCCUCAUUUCCGACCACCUUCACUUCCAGGUUGUCAGCGCUGUCCUGGCACCAUGACCUGUAUCCCAGCAUAGGGAAACCCAUGACCAAAACUACUCAUUGCAGCUGCCUACAAUUCCCUCCUGCCUAACCCUGAUAAUCAUUUCAGAGGGAUCCAAAGAAAGUCUGACGCUCGCUGCGCAUGGCCUUUCAACAAAGCUGGGCCUGGCUCACACCGCAGCUUCCAGUGCCUCUGUAAACAGCAAAGCCUCUGGGGCUGUGCGAAGUGCAGCCGUCCGUCAGCCCUCUCCUCUGCAGGGAGAGCUUCUGCUUCAGGAGGGAAGGGCUUAGGGUUGCAUGUUACUUCCCACUUCUCCCAGUUGCUGUUAAAAUUGUAAAUCCUGCUGCCUCACUUCCUUUUUCUUUUUCUUUUUUUUUUUUUUUCAUCUCAACUGCAGAGAUUAUGGCAACUAAGUUGAUUUUUGUUUGUUUUAAUUUAAUGCAAAAAUACUGCACAAAGCUGGGGUCUGACCACCCACCGUGGAGAAGGCCGGGGGCGAAGGCUGGUGUCACUCGGCAGCUGCCUGGGGAGGAUGGAUGGCCCUAGAAGUGGGACCCGCACUGCUCUGUCUGCCCUCCGCUGGGUUGCAGUGCCAGGGCUCCCUCGUGAGCGUUAAUGGCUCAGGGCUGCUCCAGAACAGCUGAUGCUCCAGCUGUCUUACCUUUCCUCUUUGAGUUGGCUUUUUUGCAACCUGGACCAAGUGCAUUUUGUUUUCCUGCCAAAAAGCAAGUUUAUAACCAGUGUUGUCUUCCGAGAUGCUAUUAAAUGUUACUGUACCUUUCA